AUGACUAGGUGGCUGUUGGAUCUCAAAACGAACAAAAAGUUUGCGAAAUGAUAAUAAUUCAAUGAUAAAUGAUAAAUAUUUACAUCAGUGUUUAAUUGCGUCGGAAAAAUCAUAAGUUUCACAUAAGCCAUGCAUUACAUCUGAAAAAGGUUGUGUGCAAUUUAAAGAUAUUUAGUUCUUUAAAAACCAACUACGACCAUAUGUUUAGUUUCAAAUAGAUGCGUCAGUUAAUUGAGGCCUUCUUUGGUCUUCUUUCCUUUCUAUUCUAUUAUGGUACAGUCUUUGUUUCGCGAAGUCCAUUUGACGGCAAAUCAUUUGUAUAUGAAAAAAUAUCCAUUAAAGCCAACAUCUUUAGACUUAGUACUUGAAGCUGUGCAUUCAGAAGCUAAGAGCAUUUCAGUUGUUACGCGCCUAAGAGAGUUCUCGAUAAACGAAACAAAGUCAUUAAUUUUUUUAUCUGAGGGAAUUGAAUAUCCUUCGCCUUCAUACUACAGCCAAAGUUGCGGCAGACCUACGCAGUUUAUUGUCAGAAACUAGUUUCGCGAACUUGCCCAGCAAUCAAACAAGGUGUUUGAAUACUUCCGCGACAAUUUGCCUUCAAAUACGAUCAUCGCUACCUUGUCGGUCUCACCAGGACAAGAGCAAGUUAUUAUCGUGCGAGCCGAUUACGACUACACAAAUGUCUGGGAAAUUUUAUCGUUAAAAAUCGACUUUGCCAUCUUCACGGACAAGUGAGAAUUGUGACAAGAUCAGAAACCGGUCAAAAGGAGAUGCCAAUGAACAACUCACUUCUAGAGGCAAACAUAAGUGAUCGUUCAUCUUGCGACCAGGCACUAGAGACAACAUUCAUGGUUCUUAACAUCGCCUUUGGCGCUGUCAUUCUGCUUGGUAACGUAUCGGUGUUCCUGUCCAUAGCGACCCGUCCUCGACUUCGACGGCAGCCGAUGAACCUGUUUAUCGCAUCUUUGGCCAUUACUGAUAUUCUUAUGGCCGCAGUUGUGGUGCCGAGUUAUUCGCUGUUCUGUGUUGGCUGUCUGGAGUACUCUGUGAGCAGGUACUGUUGGUUCAUGGAAGGCUCGAAAGACAUCGCUCUUGCGUCGAGUAUUUACAAUCUACUUGCGAUCUCUUAUGAUCGCGCCUUAGCGGUGUACCAGCCCUUGCAGUACCCCGUAUUGAUGACCAGACGCAGGGCUAUCUUCAUCAUAAUUAUUAUCUGGAGCCUGUCCUUUUCCGUGGCUCUCAUCCGGAAUUUUUGGAACCACACGCUCACUGGCGAUGAACUCAGCGCGAUCAACCACAAGUACAAUGUGAUACUUCUUAUUGUUGUCCUCCUCAUUCCGUGCAUAAUAAUCUCUGUCGUUAACAUCAAAAUCAUGCGGACCAUUCGGAAGCAAGUCCAUCAGGUUUUCGCCCUUAAAAAUACGCAAGAUACAGACAAAACUGUCAGCACAGAGGGCCAAACAGAAAUGGCUCGCAAAUGGAAGGGGACAAUUGCUUGUGCCGUCGUCGUGUUUGUUUUCGUGGUGUCCUGGAUUCCUCGAAUCUCUUUUAACAUUCGGUCUGUGAUAACGACAGACCUUAGCUCGAACAUGCUCCUUCAAAAGUUGUCGAUCUUCUUCUUUAUCGUGCAGUCCUCAGUGAAUCCGUUUAUUUAUUCCUUCUACAGGGCUGACAUUCGACGCGCUACCUUAAAAUUACUGUCAUGUAACAAGUUGGGAUCAUGAAACAUUCGUGUAAAAGAUACUUCACACGCCCCCGCCAGAAACAUGAGAUGCGCGGCCAUGCAUACGUGGCGUACGGUCACGUUGGUUAUUCAAGAACUUUAUUGCUGUACGUUCUUCUUUAGAAGGAAAACACUACGAGUAAUUCAACAGCUAAAAGCAGAAUUGAAGUAACAGAGAUGCUAUGAACGUUUCUUCAAGAGAAAGACACGCUGAGAUGAAAUAUGAAUUUACUAAUUCAAUCAAAAUUAUCACAUAUAUUAACGCUAAGUUGUAAAUUAUGUCUAAUCCACUUAAACCGCUUAAUGGGGUACAUGUAUCGUGUUGAACAGGUGGAAAAGCGGUUGCGCGGGCGCCCGUGCGUGCGUGGGUGCGAGUGUGCGUGGGUGGAUAAGCGAGAAGGCGAGUUAGUGAGCUGGGUGAGUGAGUUGCUAAUGAAGUCAAGAGAGUUAUUGUGAUCGGAGUAAAAAUAGACUACUACGAAAAUCGGUGUAUCAAGGAUUUGCACGAGUUCGGUAUUAAAAUCACUCCUAAUGAAACAUUCAAUUUAGUGCCGGAUUUUCAGGGCCAACUGAAACCAGCUGUGAAAAUCUUCAAAAGAGGUGAUCGUCGGUUCAGAGCAGUAAGCAGAGCCAACCCAGAGUUUGUCUCGUGUAACUAAUAUAGAGAUUUAGCCAAGCCUAAAAGCGGAGCUGCUGGGCCGAAUUGAUCAAAACCCGAUUAAGCUAAC